AUAAUACAGCCAGUAUCCUGACAAGACGAAGGAGAUACAGUCGAACCACUCAAGACAUCUAUUACCUCCCAGUUUUGAUUUCUGAUGGUGGAGUGCCCCCUCUCAGCAGCAGCAGUACUCUCACAAUUAGGGUUUGUGCCUGUGAGAGAGAUGGACGAGUGAGAACUUGCCAUGCUGAAGCUUUCCUCUCCUCAGCCGGCUUGAGCACAGGAGCGUUAAUCGCAAUCCUGCUCUGUGUUGUCAUUCUUCUUGCAAUUGUGGUCCUUUUCAUCACCCUAAGACGUAGCAAGAAGGAGCCCUUGAUCAUUUCAGAAGAAGAUGUCCGGGAAAAUGUAGUGACAUAUGAUGAUGAGGGCGGUGGAGAAGAAGACACAGAAGCAUUUGACAUCACAGCACUGAGGAAUCCAUCAGCUGCUGAGGAGCUAAAAUACCGGAGGGAUGUUCGUCCUGAAGUGAAGCCUGUGCCCAGACAUCAUCCCUCGUCAAGCCUUGACAGUAUAGAUGUUCAGGAGUUCAUUAAACAAAGACUGGCAGAGGCUGAUCUGGACCCCAGCGUGCCCCCGUAUGACUCCCUACAGACAUAUGCCUAUGAGGGUCAUAGAUCAGAAGCUGGAUCUAUCAGCUCUCUGGAUUCAGCCACAACACACUCUGACCAGGAUUAUAAUUACCUUGGAGACUGGGGACCUGAGUUCAAGAAGCUAGCUGAACUCUAUGGGGAAAUAGAAUCAGAAAGAACAACUUAG